AUGACCAACUCAGACUCACUUCGCAGUCGUUUCGGGAAAUCAGAUGCGGACAGGGUCUAUCAACUGGCUCACAGCUCAACGCCUACUCGGCUCUCCCUCCAGAUUAAGCAUGCACUCGAAAUAAUCGAACUGGCUAUUGUCCGUUUUGGAGUUGAUGGACUAUCUAUCAGCUUCAAUGGUGGAAAAGAUUCCACGGUUCUUGUGCAUUUGUUUGCAGCAGCGUUGUAUCGGAACGCCUCGAUCUCAGCUUCAUCUGAGCCGGACUCCAACUUGAAAAUCUCGGGGCUCUAUAUUCGUUGUCAAUCCCCCUUCGCAGAAGUUGACGAAUUCGUGAAUCAGUGUCAGGAAAUUUAUAAUAUUGAUCUGAUGACAGUGGAUAACAGCUUGAAGAAUGGACUCAGUGCCUUUCUUGCCGAACGUCCAUCUAUUCAAGCCAUCUUGAUUGGGACCAGGGCGACUGAUCCCAAUGGAGGCAGUUUGACUGAUUUCGAUCCAACCGAUUCGGAUUGGCCUUCGAUCAUCAGAGUUCAUCCAAUCCUAGACUGGGACUAUGCACAUAUUUGGGAAUUCUUGCAAAAACUUGAAGUUGACUGGUGCAAACUAUACAACUCUGGAUACACCUCAUUAGGGUCCAGUUUCAACACCUUCAAAAAUCCUCUUCUCAAAACUGACGAUGGAUGGAAAGCCGCAUGGGAGUUGAGCGAUGGGAGAAACGAAAGGGAAGGAAGAAUAUCCGGGAGUGUUCAUUCCGCCGCUUAG